GGGUCAUAUUUUGCGUUUGGUUAUGGACGGCUUUAUCAGGAGAAAGGCAAAGUACUGAAUCUGAAUCGUGGCAUGAAAUUGGUAACGGGUGUGGACAAAGGCAUCCGCUUCAUCGAAGGAGACUCAUCAACUGGCGGCAUCGUGCCUGCGCUGGUGCUUGAUAGUAUGUUUUUUCUCAGUGCCUUAAAUAUAGCUGCUCCAAUACCUUUACAAGAAAUGGCUAAUCAUCGCAUUUGA